CACCAUCUCUUCUGACCUGGCUGGAGGGCAAUGCCAAGGACUUAGCAUACAGGGCCUAAAUAUAAUUAAUUUUUUUCUAUGAGUCAUUUAUUUUAAAAACUUCCCAGACUUUUUUUGAGGGGUAAGGGUUACAUUCAUUUACACAGCCUGCCAAAGAGUUAAGAGACAGAGACAAACCAAAUGUAUGGACAGGUCUUGUCUCUGUAUACUCGGCUUCUCUUCCAAACUCAACACCCGUCACACCCUAGCCAAAUACUUUUUCUGCACAGUCACUUCCAAAAUUGCAUCUAAAGUUAGUGAAGAAUUUACCAACCUCUGCUCUAAAGGCCACAUAAAAGAAGCCUUUGAGAGGUUCAAAUCUGAGAUAUUUUCAGACCCACCUCUAUUCUCCAAUCUCAUCAAAUCAUGCAUACCCCAAAAGUCUCUUUCAUUGGGAAAACAGCUCCAUUCUCUGAUAAUUACAUCUGGGUGUUCCUCAGACAAAUUUGUUUCAAAUCACCUCCUUAACAUGUACUCCAAAAUUGGAGAAUUACAAACAGCGUUGACACUGUUUGAUCAUAUGCCUAUAAGAAACAUAAUGUCUUGUAACAUUCUGAUUAAUGGGUAUGUUCAAAGUGGUGAUUUGGAGAGUGCCCAGAAGGUGUUUGAUGAAAUGCCUGAGAGAAAUGUUGCGACGUGGAAUGCAAUGGUUGCAAGUCUGAUCCAAUUUGAGUUUAAUGAACAGGGUUUGGGUUUGUUUUCAGAAAUGCAUGAGUUGAAUUUUUUGCCUGAUGAGUUCACUCUGGGAAGUGUGCUCAGAGGGUGUGCAGGGUUGAGAUCCUUACACGCAGGGCGUCAGGUUCAUGCUUAUGUGAUGAAAUGUGGGUUAGAGUUCAAUCUGGUUGUUGGGAGCUCCUUGUCUCAUAUGUAUAUGAAGUCUGGAAGUUUGGAAGAAGGAGAGAAAGUGAUUAAGUCAAUGCCAAUUCGCAAUGUGGUUGCUUGGAAUACGCUUAUUGCUGGAAAAGCUCAAAAUGGGUAUUCUGAGGUAGUGUUGGAUCAGUAUAAUAUGAUGAAAAUGUCUGGUUUUAGACCUGAUAAGAUUACAUUUGUGAGUGUAAUUAGUUCAUGUUCGGAAUUGGCAACACUUGGACAGGGUCAGCAGAUUCAUGCUGAAGCAAUCAAAGCUGGGGCUAGUUCGGUAGUUGCUGUCAUCAGUUCAUUAAUUAGCAUGUAUUCAAAAUGUGGGUGUCUGGAAGAUUCUAUAAAAGCUUUCUUGGAAUGUGAACAAGAGGAUCUUGUGUUGUGGAGUGCAAUGAUUACUGCUUAUGGGUUUCACGGGCGAGGAGACAAGGCCAUCAAGCUUUUUGAAAGCAUGGAACAGGAAGAGUUAGAGGCAAAUGAUGUUACAUUUUUGAGCUUGUUAUAUGCUUGUAGUCAUUGUGGUUUGAAAGAGAAAGGAAUGGAAUUCUUUGACUUGAUGCUUAACAAAUAUGGACUGAAGCCUAAACUAGAACACUAUACAUGUGUAGUUGACCUGCUUGGUCGGUCUGGCUGUUUGGAGGAAGCAGAGGCUAUGAUAAGGUCAAUGCCUAUAAAAGCAGAUGCUAUCAUCUGGAAAACUUUGCUAUCUGCCUGCAAAAUCCACAAGAAUGCGGACAUGGCAAAAAGGGUUGCAGAUGAAGUGAUUAGGCUUUAUCCUCAAGAAUCAGCUCCUUAUGUUUUACUUUCAAACAUUCAUGCUUCUGCUAAAAGGUGGCAGGAUGUUUCUGAAGUGAGGAAAGCCAUGAGAGAAAGGAAGAUAAAGAAGGAACCAGGUAUAAGUUGGCUGGAAGUGAAGAAUCAAGUUUACCAGUUCUGUAUAGGUGAUAAAUCCCAUCCAAAAUCAAUGGAGAUUGAUUUGUAUUUGAAAGAGCUAACAUCAGAAAUGAAGUUACGAGGUUAUGUGCCUGAUACUGCAGCAGUUUUGCAUGACAUGGAUAAUGAGGAGAAAGAAUACAACUUGACACACCACAGUGAAAAGUUGGCAAUUGCUUUUGGUCUAAUGAACACUCCUUCAGGUGUGCCAAUAAGGAUCAUGAAGAACUUGCGUGUAUGUAGUGAUUGCCAUGUUGCCAUAAAGUACAUAUCUGAAAUCAAGAACCGAGAAAUUAUUGUACGAGAUGCUAGUAGAUUUCACCAUUUUAAAAAUGGGAGAUGUUCUUGUGGAGAUUACUGGUAAAGAGGAGAUAAAGAUGCCUCACAAGUUGAUAGGAUUAGUUUAUUUUAUAUAUGAUUUUAAUCCAAACUAUUUAUCUUAUAUGCACCAUUCAUUAGUGGAA